CACACACACACACACACACACACACACACACACACACACACACACACACACACACACACACACACACACACACACACACACACACACACACACACACACACACACACACACACACGUUCCUGAUCCCAUGACAUUUGCAGUAACUUUUGUAUAUAUAGUGUUGUAAAAGACAUCAGACUUAAGGUACGUAUGAUUGUUGUAAGUGACCAACACCAAGGUGGGUGAGCUUUUCUUUCACUGUUAUUCAGUGUGCAUAAGGAGACAGUAUAUUGAUCAUUGUCCUUUUUUAUUUUAUUUUUAUUUACCUAUUAUCAUACAAUAUUUCUCAGUAACCUGUUUUGAACCUUGUUGGAUUCAUUGUUUUCAUAUAGUGUGUUCAGACACACUGGAUUCAGGAUCCUGGUUUUGUUCAUUAUGGCUCACUAGGACACUCGAAGCAGCAGUAUGUAUAUUAUGUCAAAAUGUAUAUCAUAAAUGGGUAUUAAAAAAAAAGUUAAGACACAAAUACAGCCAAAUAUAUUGAACUUAAAUUAAGAUAUUUUUACAUUUAAAAUAUAAACAUAAAGGCUCAUCUUUUCCGUAUUGUUUAUUCUGUAAAAUACGAUAACGCUGGGACCAAUUUAUCUGUGAAAGGCAGCUGAUGAAUCACUCGGGCUCAAACUCUUUUCUGUUCUAAUGUACAAUAUGAUAUGUCUCGGAUGAAACAGGUUUGACGGACUCGGGUCCUUAGAGCCAUGAGCCUUUCAAACGCUGGCAGAAAUUCCACAGUGCCUUCCAGCCGGGACAACAUACAAACAGCCAUAACCAAGAAUGUGAUCACUGUGGUUCUGUGCAUCUCCAUCGUCUACAUCAACAGCACCCUUGUGCACACGUUCAAGAAACACCAGGUCUGAUUCUCGUCUCAUUCAUUUCAUCCCUUAAGUCAUAAACACCACACUGUGUCUCAUGUAAUCACCUGCACUGUGUCUGUUCUUUUCUUCUCGUGUCCUUAUCACUGCUGUGCUCCCCUGCAGGUUUUCAACAUGAACCCUCGCUACAUCCUCUACAUCCAUCUGGUGAUCAAUGAUAUAAUCCUGCUGACCAUCUUCACCCUCAUGCAGGUGCUGAGUUACAUCGUCUUCACUCUCAAUGUGUGCUUUUGCAUAGUUCUGCUCAUGACUGCUAUAUUUUCGAACUUGAACAAUCCUCUGACACUUGCCGUUAUGGCAGUAGAGUGUUACAUCGCCAUAUGCUUCCCGCUCCGCCACAACCAGAUCUGUACGGUCAAGAAGACGUAUAUCGUGAUCGGCGUGAUAUGGGUGCUGAGUACACUUUCCGUCCUGCCAGAUUUAUUUUUCACCUUGGCCACAGAGUCCGUGGAAUUCUUUCAUUCCAGAGUGUUCUGCCUGAGGGACAACAUUUUCAGGAACCCCAGUCUCAAAGAGAAGAGAGAUACAUACAACUACGUGUUUUUGGUCAUUGUUUGGCUCACGCUUUUCUAUUCAUACUUCAGGAUCCUGUUCGCUGCACAGGCAGUGGAUACAGACGCCAAGAAGGCAAGGAACACCGUCCUCCUCCACGGCUUCCAGCUGCUGUUGUGUAUGCUCACCUAUGUUGUCCAUCUCAUGAUAAAAAGUGUCACAUACAUGUUCCCAAAAGAGGUGACGGCCGUUCGCUUCAGCAUCUCCAUAUUUGUUCAGGUCCUGCCUCGACUAGUCAGUCCGGUUGUUUAUGGGCUACGAGAAAAAAGUAAAAUAGACGAUAAAGUACCAUAG